UUUUUUUAGUCAACAAAUAGGUUGGUUAAGGGCCAAUCUAAAGGCUGUGCCUGCUUAAUAAACAUAAGGAUCCAUGAAGACCAAUAUUCUGCAGCUAGGCUUGGUUGUGCCUCUAAUAGGCUUCUAGAGUCGCUCAAUAAACCUGCAAGGAAGAGUUGAGUUCAAGUAGAAAAAUGCCCAGCAUAGGAAGGACCUUGCAAUUUAAGGUCCAUCUCUUUGGUUAAAAAGAUUACUGAAAGUUAAUUAAUGUAAGAUGGAAGGAUCAGCUCAGAACGUUAGAGAAAGCAGGGCUUAGAAAGCAAUUUUGGAAAAAUUUAUACGAUUAGAAGGCAAAUAAACUAAGUUGCAAAGUACUAAAGUCUGUUGAUCAGCAUUUCCAUCCAAUGGACUCGACCAUUGAAGAGUUUGAUUCUAACAUAGAUCGUCAUAUCAACAAGGACAUUGAGGAUAUGGAAAUGUAUUUUGAUGACCAAUUAUACAUAAAUUCGAGCAAGAAGGCAUCUAUGAUCAAAAAUUUAAAUUUUGGUACACUCAGGUUAGAUAAUCUGAGAAUGACUACAGACAAAGUGAUAUUUCUCAAUUUACUUCAUUCCCAUACAGAGUUAACAAUCUUGUGCUUCAUAAUGAUGAAAACGAUACAGUCAGUCUUCCGUCCAGAUAUUUUGAUCGGAUUCUUAGAGUUAAUUUCAAGAUCUCAAGAAAAAUAAUUUUUGAUGGAUUUUGAUUAAAUUUUUGCCAACUUGAGAAAUUCUUUACAGCAUUCAGACAUGCUGAGAUAUUGGGGUUGAUGCUCUGUAAACUUUCCAUUCCUAAAAUUCCAGAUUUUUCUAAGCCAUUGGAGAAUACUAACGUCCAAAUGAUUAUUUUUUCUAGUCUGGACUCUACACUGCAAGCAAUUUGAAGAUAUCCACUGGAAUUUACUUAUUUACUUAGAGGAGUGACCACUCUGCAGAUUUAAAGCUGAGUCUUCAAAAAUAGACUUAAGAAGAUGUGUGACAGAUAAGACAAUUUCAAAUGGCAUAUUUGAU